GUCUAGUAUGGAUCAUAUAGGAAUAUCUCCUCCAAGUCAUCUACUAUAUAGAUUGGUUUCUAGCUUUUAAGUUCUCGUCCGUUUUCACUUGGCUGCUUGCUUUAUCCUUUUAGCAUUACUAAUCCACAACCAUGUCUGCCUUUGUGGGAAAAUAUGCUGAGGAACUUAUCAAGAAUGCCAAGUACAUAGCAACACCAGGCAAAGGCAUUUUGGCAGCUGAUGAAAGUACUGGCACUAUUGGAAAACGUUUAUCCAGCAUUAACGUUGAGAACAUUGAAGCAAAUCGUCAAGCUCUUCGUGAGCUACUUUUCACUUCACCAAAUGCUCUCACUUACCUCUCUGGUGUUAUUCUCUUUGAAGAAACACUUUACCAGAAAACUACUGAUGGGAAGCCAUUUGUUGAAGUUCUUCAAGAAAACAAUGUUGUUCCUGGGAUUAAAGUGGACAAGGGCACAGUGGAAUUGGCUGGAACCAAUGGCGAGACGACAACUCAGGGUUUCGACUCCUUGGGUGCACGUUGCGCGCAGUACUACAAAGCAGGUGCUCGCUUUGCCAAGUGGAGAGCUGUGCUGAAAAUUGGAGCCACUGAGCCCUCUGAGUUGUCCAUUCAGCAAAAUGCUCAGGGACUAGCUCGUUAUGCAAUCAUUUGCCAAGAAAAUGGACUUGUGCCCAUUGUGGAGCCUGAGAUUCUAACUGAUGGCAACCAUGAUAUCGAGAAAUGUGCUGCUGUUACUGAAACUGUUCUUGCUGCUGUUUAUAAGGCUCUCAAUGACCACCAUGUUCUUCUUGAAGGAACACUUUUGAAGCCCAACAUGGUCACACCUGGCUCUGAUAGCGCAAAGGUUGCAGCAGAAGUAAUAGCAGAGUACACAGUCACGGCACUGCGCCGGACUGUGCCACCAGUAGUACCAGGGAUAGUGUUCUUAUCAGGAGGACAGAGUGAGGAAGAGGCAACAGUGAACUUAAAUGCAAUGAACAAAUUGGAAGUGCUUAAGCCUUGGACACUCUCAUUCUCAUUUGGUAGAGCCUUGCAGCAAAGUACCCUUAAGACUUGGGGUGGAAAAACAGAAAAUGUUGGCAAAGCUCAAGAGGCAUUUUUGACAAGGUGCAAGGCUAAUUCUGAUGCAACUCUUGGUAAGUACACUGGUGGAAGUGCUAGUGGUGCUGCUUCUGAGAGUUUGUUUGUUUCUGGUUACAAAUAUUAGGGGGGCAAAAAGAAUGGAGUUGAUAUAACAGCCUAUAUGCUAUUGGCUAUGUGUUGAUUUAAGAAUUGAGUCUUUUUAAUUCAGACAUAUUUGGGGAAAUCAGUCUGUAAAUUGCUGUUCAAAGUGUAUAUUCACUUAACCAAGAAAAUAAAGAAAAAAAGCUAUAUAUCCCAUAUUUCACUCUCUCA